AUGGGUAUUCCAAAAUUGUCGCAUCACCUCGCUUCAUUGUCAGAGUCUGCCACCUUGGGUGGCCAACAUGAAUCAUCCGAAGGCUUCAAAUCCGUAGUAAUCGAUGGUCCCGCUUUGGUUUACCAUGUUUAUUCAACUCUGAUAUCGAGGAUCAAUCCGCGUGUCGGUGUGAUUGAUCGGCAGCCUACCUGUAAUGAGGUCAGCGUGGCUGUCAUGAUGUAUCUUGUUCUUUUAAAGGUAGUCAAUGUGGACGUACGCAAAAUUUAUUUUGAUGGGGCUCUUCCAUUGCACAAACGCGAUACAAGGCUUUCGAGACUUGAAAGGUCUCGGAAACAGCUGGAAGGUGCCUGCAAAACUACACGCAAAGGACAUGGGUUGGUAUUGGGGAACCGGGCUUGUUCGAUUAGACCAGGCGACCUUUUUCAAGGCCCUAAAUUUCCUGGAAACCGUUCCCCAUUGCCAGAAAAUGCUUUCAUGGUUUCCGCCGUAAUCGAAGAUCUGAUGUCAAGGUGGAAUCUCGUGGAGAUCAGAUCAAACCUGCCAGAAAAUUUGGCCGACAUAGUCACUUAUGAUAGCGACUAUCCGUGGCUAGAUAUUUGUGAAAUUGUCCCAGGAGAGGCUGAUUUUGCUUGUGCCGCACUGACAUCUCGAGAGCAUGGACUCGCUAUUCUGACAAGCGAUUCUGAUCUCGUAGUUUUUAAUCUUGGUCCUUCCAGUACCGUCAUUUUUCUUAAUACUAUAUACACCGAAUACUGGUGUGAUGAAGACCCAUCACGAUCUAUAAUCAGAGCUAUGCAUAUUUGCCCAGCUUCAAUAUCGAACCGACUUGGAAUUCAUAGUUUACCUUACUUGGCGCAUGAAUUAAAUGUUGAUUCUCGUGCAGGUUUGGGAGAGCUUAUUCGCCGUGCCAAACGUGCCUAUGAAUCAACACAUCUUGAUUCCACCUACGUGGAGUUCAUGAGACAAUAUGAUUUAAGAGCGUUCACCCAUAACCUGUUCAAUGCUUCUUUCUUACAAGGCUUCGAUGUUAGACUCUCCGAGCUAUUCGCACAGAUUGUAUGGAGCGGAGAGUUCCUGGACCAACUCCCUCGAAUAUAUUUGCCAUUCUUACAGGAAGAUCAUUCGAGACGUUGUGGAUGGGCUGAAGGUAGUCGCAUUAGAAGGCUAGCCUACUCUUUGAUUGAUAAGAACAAGACAUUGGAUGCACAGUAUCCCAGUAUCACAGAGUGCACACGCAGGGGAACGAGGUUUUGUUUUGAUGAAGUAACUCUUUACAGCCGUGAAGUCAUCAAACUGGAGGUACAUCGCCUACUUGAUGGAUACAAACAUAUACAAAAUAAUCACCCUGAGAGCCGAGGCUCUCCGCUGUUUUGGCGAAUAUAUGCCCUUGCUGAAAUCUAUUCAAACACUGAGGAAAACCACACAUAUUGGCCUGACAAAAGGGAUUUGGGGAGAUUUCUUGGUUUCGAAAAGACAUAUGACAAUGUAGGCUGGGAAGAAAUCCAUGCCUUGGCUCAAACACAAUCGGUGCUCUAUUCAUUGCGGAUACUUUUUCAAAUUAUUCGGAUUAUACCACAUAAUAAUGGCGCAGUCAGCCAACUCUAUGAUUGCCUGUCAACAUUGCCUUCGCUUCGUAUUUUGAUGGGAACAUAUCGAGAAGUGAGAGAUGAAUACUGCGGUGGAUGA